AUGGGGGCCCCCUCGGCCCUGGCCCUGCUCCUGCUGAGCGCCUGCUGCGGGGCGCCGGGCUGGGCCAACCUCUCCCAGGACGGCUACUGGCAGGAGCAGGAUUUGGAGCUGGGAACUCUGGCUCCACUCGACGAGGCCAUCAGCUCCACACUCUGGAGCACUCCUGACAUGCUGGUCAGUCAAGAUAGUCAGCCCUGGACAUCCGAUGAGACAGUGGUGGCUGGUGGCAUGGUGAAGCUCAGGUGCCAAGUGAAAGACCACGAGGACUCCUCCCUGCAGUGGUCUAACCCCGCCCAGCAGACGCUGUACUUCGGGGAGAAGAGAGCCCUGCGAGAUAAUCGGAUUCAGCUGGUGAAGUCCACGCCCCAUGAGCUCAGCAUCAGCAUCAGCAACGUGGCCCUGGCGGACGAGGGCGAGUACACCUGCUCCAUCUUCACUAUGCCUGUGAGAACUGCCAAGUCCCUCAUCACUGUGCUGGGAAUCCCACAGAAGCCCAUCAUCACUGGCUACAAGUCACCAUUACGGGAAAAGGAUACGACCACCCUCCACUGUCAGUCUUCCGGGAGCAAACCCGCAGCCCAGCUCACCUGGCGGAAGGGGGAUCAAGAGCUUCCUGGAGAACCAACCCGAAUACAGGAGGACUCCAAUGGCAAAACCUUCACCGUGAGCAGCUCAGUGACGUUCCAGGUUACUCGGGAGGAUGAUGGGGUUGACAUCACAUGCUCUGUGAACCACGAAUCUCUAAAAGGAGCUGACAGAUCCACCUCUCAGCGCAUUGAGGUUUUAUACACACCAACGGCGAAGAUCAGGCCGGACCCUCCGCAUCCCCGCGAGGGCCAGAAGCUGCUGCUGCACUGCGAGGGGCGAGGCAACCCCGUCCCCCAGCAGUACCUGUGGGAGAAGGAGGGCAGCGGGCCGCCCCUGAAGAUCACCCAGGAGAGCGCCCUGAUCUUCCCUUUCCUCAACAAGAGUGACAGCGGCACGUACGGCUGCACGGCCAUCAGCAACCUGGGCAGCUACAAGGCCUACUACACUCUCAACGUGAACGACCCCAGUCCGGUGCCCUCCUCCACCAGCACCUACCACGCCAUCAUUGGCGGGAUUGUGGCGUUCAUUGUCUUUCUGCUGCUCAUCCUGUUCAUCUUCCUGGGCCACUACUUGAUUCGGCACAAAGGAACCUACCUGACACACGAAGCGAAAGGCUCCGACGACGCGCCAGACGCGGACACAGCCAUCAUCAACGCGGAAGGCGGGCAGCCGGGCGGGGACGACAAGAAGGAGUAUUUCAUCUAG